UAGAAAUCCAGUGGUACACACGGAUAUAAUAUAUUUGUUCAAAUUAUGACAAGUGAUCUGCUGAUGACAUAUCGUCACGAACACGUGAUAAGAUAUUACUGAAAUCCGGAUUAUCCGGGACGUGGGAAGGUGCAAAUUCCACGGAAGGUUUUGACAGCAAGAUGAUGGACCGACAAGAUACAGAAACGGACACCGAAGAAUGUUGCCCGACGCAGAGAUAUCACGAAGAACGACGGAAACAAGUGGAAUCGUAUCACGAUCUGAAACGUUGUCUAAAAUGCAAUCAACCACGAUCCGAGAUACCGCCAGAUUUGGUAAGGAGACGCGUGAGAAGAGCGAAAGAUCAAGUGCAACACUGUCCUUCUUGUCAUUGCCCUCCUGAAACCGUGAAAUAUUCGAUGGGAAGAACAAAUUGUUCCAAAAAUAUGGACGCCGUUUUGAACGAGUACGAGAAUUUGUUGACGAAUCCAACGAGUCAAACGUUCAAGAAGUCGCAGAGCAACACUUUAUCGCCGAGGUUGUACGGGGUGUCGGGUUGCAACGGAUCAGCGUACGCUCACUAUCACUCGCGGAAAAGGCAGCCGAACAGUCAUCGACGCCAAUCCUGCAGGAUCGAGCAGGAUCAGGUGCACUCGAUCAUGAAGAAUAUAUUGCACUCGGGUGAGAACGACAAUAUAUGCUACGAAUAUCCUAGAUCGAUGAAGAAUAGUUACAAGAAGGAGAGUUAUUACAUGAGGGACGAGCAUCAUCAGGUGAUUGAAAAAUCGAAACGUUUUGAAAAACGUCUUUCCUUCUCGACGAUUGACGAACGUGAUUUUUUUCUUUUUUAUGUAAAACACGAGUUGGGCGACCACGAGGACGCCGACUUGUUGUACACGAGGGGGAGAUUGAGAUUCAACUUGGCCGGGAAGCACGGGAACAGGAAGAAGAUGGAUUUGGAGGAAGGAGGGGAGGAAAAUCGGAACGUGCAAGGGAAAAAGAAAAUCGAUCCGCUGCCGAAUAAACUUUCCAUCUUGAAGGGUUGUGCCUCGCAAACCUCGAAAAAUAACGGGGAAGAAUUGCCGAAGCAUAAAAGUUUGGCAAUCGACACGAACGAUUACACGAAGGAGGAAGAGUUGCCAAAAGAAGACGAGAACGCGCGACCGAUGUGCAAACCGUGCCAGCGAUCCACCACUCGGCAAGACUCUCCUUGCAGCCCUGGAAAAGAAUCGACCAGCAACACGGAGGAAACGAGGGAGGACAGCUCGUAUUGCGAGUUGGCCGUUAAGGACGAGGAGCAAGACAUCCCGAAUAGGAAGAACACGUACGCAGGAGGGGAUUUGAAUCCUGAUUUUAAUCUUCGAGCGACUAAAAGUUACAUCAUUGGCCUAAUCGACCGGGUUCUAAGCAAGAAAUUCGCCACUUCGCCGGGCCAGCAAAAGAAUACAGAAUCGAAUCGAGAAUUAACGGAGCAAGGAUACUCUGUGGAGAUAGUACGCGCUCUUCGAGGCGAUUGCUACGAAUUGUUCACGAAGGACGUGUCGAGCCAUCACGAGACACCUGCCGAAUGCAUAAAGCGUUUGAAAAACCUUCGGUGGCAGCACAUGCAGCACAUUCAAAACGAGUUUAAGAAACUGUGCGAUCUUCAAAAGUUUCUGGACGAGUAUUCGCCGAGGGAGUCUCUGCUCGCGUUUCAAUCGAACACGGUCGAGCAACGAUCCGAGGAGCGACAACCGCAGCAACAGCAACACGAGGAGAAGCAGAAUUUAGGGACGUGAUUGAUCGAUAUUUUUUUUUUUUUUUUUUUUUUUUUUUCUUCUCUCCUAAGCAAAGAUCUUUGGUAAAGGAUAACAAAUAUCAUGCUCGAAUCUACGCUAGUAUUCGACAUCUUUUUAACACUUGUUAGCUUGUUACGUUCUUCUAUGUAUUCUCUUUUUUAUCGAAUUUUACUCGAUCAUCGCUUGGAACAUCGUGACAUUUUAUUAGUAAUAAAACAUACGCGAUAUAAAGUAAAAUAAAUAUAAUAUAUUUCUCAAUAUAUAUAUUUAUAUAUAUAUAUAUAUAUAUAUAUAUAUAUAUAUACAUAUAUCUUCGUCGCCCAUCUCUGUGAUAUUGUUUCUCGGAAAAUUUUCUAUGUACAAAAAAAAAAAAAAAAAA